AUGGUCUUCAAUAUGAUAUUUUCUCGCAUAGAAAGUCUGGUGGACAGCACUGAAACCGUCGAGGAUUCGAUUCCUUGCAAGUCGAAUAUUCUCAGUCUUCGAGAAUGUCGGAAGGGCGACAAGUCGAAAUGCAAUGCUCUUGGCUUGGAUUUGCUGAGCUGUAUGGCUGAAUUCAAGGUUGACGAGACAGCCAGAGUUCGUGCCAAUAUUGGAGUUGCAAAGUACAAUGAGUAUCUCAAGUUCCUAGAAGAAAAACAUGGAGCAGAGGAAGCUGCUAAAAUCGUCGCAGAGCCUGCUGAAAGCCUGAAGGAUGUUAAGGCAAUGAAGAUGUUGCACAAUUUGUCCCAAAACGUCCAUCCGAAGGGAGCACCAAGCAAUGAGGAAGAGAAGCAAAACUGGACUUAUGCUGACCAAGUGCGAUUGGAGAUGGGAGAGCAAGAAUGGUGGAGCUCAGUUGGCGUUGUUGCAUCCGAAUUCGGAAUGGAAAAGACAGACAGCCUUUUUAAUUUGACGCAAGAGACUUUGGUGCUCCAGGAUGCUGCGGAGCGAGUCUUCCCAGGAACAAAGGAUGCCCAAAGCAAACGCUUUGAUAAGCUGAAGAUGGUGAUGGAACCAGUGUCCUCCGCUGCCAAAGGUGCAUCGACCGUCGAAGAAGUUAUGGCUGUCUUCAAGGAAGUAUAUCCCACUGAAGCCGACUUGAAGUCAAAAUUCAACUAG